GAUGAAUCUACUAAAACCAAAUUGUCGAGACAGGCCUAUACACGUAAAAAUAAAAAACUUAGGCAUGAGCAGAAACAAACCAAGAUGCUUCAUAGCCCGAAUGAUGAUAUUCUUCCAGUAAUCGAUGAUAUUAUCUUUGAUCCAUCUCGGCAUAGAAUCCAAUCUGCUACCCGAAAAUUGUUUGCUAUUGACAAUAUUUAUUACUUGAAAAGGGAAUGGAGAAGCGUUCCUCUCUGUCCUUCUGAUAGAAUAUCUUCUAAAAAAAUUAGGACUCAACAUAAUAUAUCAGCUAAAGACUUACUUAUUGAAAUGUUACUGAGAGAGGCAUCUACUAGCAAUAAUUCUAUUGACUUACCCAAAAUUUCUCCAGAUUUUUUAUCUCUAGUUUAUAGUGAUAUUAUUAAGGAAAAGAAUGGUUGCAUUACAAACUUGGGUCACCGAACAUUAAUUCACUUGGAGCAACUCGAUGAUCCAGAUGCUGUUACAACUGCAUCUAAUAUUAUAAAUUGGUACUAUUUCCAUUUAUUAGAAAAUCCUUCAUACCGAAGUAAAGAAUUUUGGACCAAUUUUAUUGAGCAUUUUGGAACUUAUACAAGAAACAAUUUACUUCCCUUCACAAGCUCUAAUACUGCGAGUACACAUAAUAUUAAUCAUCAUGAAUGUGUCAAUAAAUUACUUCGGGGUCUUAGGAAAUUAUCAAAAAGUAUCAAUCGGUUUCUUCAAGAAUAUUAUGUGGAUUUAUAUACAAAAUUGAGUAAAUUAUCAUGGGGCCCAUUCGCUCCAAGAGCAUUUAGAGUUUUCUCAAUGAUAGCUAUCAACUUUAAUACCAUUAGGGAUUUCGAAGAAGGAGAAUUAUAUUUUCCUCAACUUCAAGUAGUUGUACAUCUUCGGUCAGGACAAGUAGUGGAUUUUGAUUCUACUUAUCUUGAGGCUAGAAUUGAGAAAGCUAAUGGACCAAUAGUUUUUGAGCAGAACCUUAAUAAUGCUUAA